GCCCUGGCUUCCUUCAGCUCAGUGACAAGCAGAAGGUGGAGUGGAACUCCAGGACGGUGUCCACGUUCCACGCACUUCUGGUGGGCUUGUUUUGUCUCCACAUCUUGUUCUUUGACGAUGCGGUCAAUGAAAACCCAGUCUGAGCUGAUGUCCCACCGUGAGGUAACAAGACCAGGCCAUGACCAAAGCCAACCAAUAGAAAGACGCCGAACUUUGUACUGAAGGCUGAAUGAUGCUAUGAUUGGACGGGGGGGAGGGGUUCAUAUGAAGGAAGAUUCUGUCCAAAGUCAUUGUCUUUAUGCAACAAAAAUGUGUAUUUUUGUAUCAAGCUGCAAAAUCUACAGUUUGACAUAGAAUAUGUUGGAAAGUUGUAUUUUUAUGAUUAUACAAGAAGAAAAAAUAACAGGUGAUUGUGACCAUGAUUUUAAGAAUAGAUUGUUGUAAAAAAAUGCUGACUCAUGAGAAAAGUUGUUUAAAGCUACCCCUUUUCCAGAUUGUAACAAUUUAUUUUUUCCAAGAAGCUGGGCUGUAAAAAAAUGUCACGGCCAAAUGUAGGCAUGGACAAGAGAGGGGGCCUCCCUCUAAAUCCAAUGACUGCCCCACCCCCAAAAUGUGACGGAAAAAUCUACAAUUAACUAAAGAAAAUGAAAGAUAAAAUAAUCCUGCAAAAACACAUUUUUUAAAAUGAAAACCCGAAUAAAGUAAGGAUGGAUGAGAAAUAUGUGAAGACAUAAAACAAACAAAAAAAAGAAAUGCCGCCUCAACAGGGCGCAAACCUCUCUCCUCCCUGUGCCUGUCCCAAGCCUGGGAAUGCAGAGUGAAAUCAGGAAGAGCACCUUAAAUAAAACUUAUAAGACAUAAAUAAGGAAAGAUGAACUGAUAUGAUAAUAGCAGGGUUUUCUAUUAAAUUUAAGGGACUUGAAAUGCAUAAACUCACUGACACAGACUUGCACCUCAUAGUGUCACUCACUAAACCCAGGCCUGCUUUAGCCAAAAAAAAAUAAGAAUUGUGGUCAUGAAAACACCAGAAUACUUGGCUAGGUACAACAAUGGACUUGUUACGCCAACAUUUAUGUGAAAUUAGGUUUUCAGUGUUGCACAAAAUUUCAGCAAAUGUUGCUAUUUCCUUUGCAGCUUCACUGAAAACUGCUAAUCUGGGCAGCAGCAUCAGCAGGAGCAAAAAUCCUAGCGUCUGUGCGAGAGAAGCACCUCAAUGAAAUCAGCUCAGCCAGUAUUUAUUAUUUACCUGCAUGAAAAAAAAAGAUGUGCAUUUGUUACAUAAGUUCCUAGAGGAUUGUGAAUCUACAGAGCCCCUAUAUACCCAGGAUUUAUUUUUAGAUGUUGUGGGCACAAGAAAAAAAUGCACCCACUUCCCUGCACAAUAAAUGCUUCAUUUGGAGCAUUUAUGGCAAUAUUGUAUUUCAUAAAACCCACUGAUUUUAUUGUUUUUUAUUUAUAUGUAUUUUAUUAAUUAAGGGAAUUUUUAAAUCAACUUACACUCAGAUUUCUAAAUAAAUUCUUACUUGCAGAUCAUUUAAUGUUUUUUUUUAUUUAGGACAAUCAACCAAAAGUUUCUGAAAGGCCUAAAAACAUUUUUUAGAUACACUUGUAUGUAUCUAAACAAUGACAAAAUUAGAAAUAUGUUUAGUAUGGGGUCAGUGACACACUUAAAACUUAAAUCUACAGCUUCGGGAUCUUUGGUGAGCAUGAAUUUUAAUAUAAAAGUCUGUACUUUUUGGGACCAAAUUAGAAAAUUUAAGUCAAUACUUAAUAGUACAUCUAUUUGUCAACUUUGGUUUAACAUGAAUGUAUAUUUUCAAUAGGGGAGAUCCUACACUGGUGAAGAUUAAUGUUGCAAUCACAACAGGCUACCUCAUAUCUGAUCUGCUGCUUAUAUUUUACUAUUGGAAGGCGAUAGGCGACAAGUUUUUUGUAAUUCAUCACCUGGCAGCAUUGUAUGCUUACUACUAUGUACUGGGCGUAGGAAUGUUGCCUUAUUUUGCUAACUUCCGCCUGCUUGCAGAGUUUUCUACACCAUGUGUGAACCAACGUUGGUUCUUUGAGGUACUAGGUUAUCCCAAGUCCUCCCGACCCAACAUGGUGAACGGGGUCGCCAUGGCAGUGGUUUUUUUCAUGGUCCGUGUCGCCGUCAUGCCCGUCUACUACGGCCGCAUGUACGCCGUCUACGGGACUGAGGCCUUCUACCUGGUACCCUGGGGAGGCCGCGUAGCCUGGAUCUGUUCCAGUAUCUGCUUGGACGUCAUGAACAUCAUGUGGAUGCAUAAGAUUGCGCGCGGCUGCUACAAGGUGUUGCGGUCGGCGCAACGGAGCAAAUCUGGAGCACCUCAGGAGAACGGGAAGACGGAUUAAGGGAACCAGGGUUGUGAAAAAACAACAAAAAAAAUGCCACAAAAUAGACUAAAAGUGAAAAUACUGUUCAGUGCAAUGUGAGUAGCAGUUUGGACAUCUUCAGAGUUUGGACUUCUGCUACAAUAGCAGCAAACCCAGGACUGCAAGUCCGAAUGUAUCGAGGAAAACCUUUUUUUUUUUUUUUUUUUUUUUUUUUUUGGGAAAACAAAGACAAUUGAGAUGAACUGAUGGACCAUUUGAAGUGGUCAUCCCUAAGCCAUGAUCCGACCUCUAAGCAAUACUUUCUGUGCAUGGCCAAUUUAAGCUCUCAUACACGGUUUGAAUAUACAAAAGAGGUCAUUCUGGGACAAAUGGACUUAGUCCAACAACUAAUUGUCAAAAAAGUUUACCGAUCUUUACAUACUUUGUAUUAAUACUGGUGACUAAAGGGUAAAGAUGAUGAAAAGUAACCUAAUGAAUUGAUUUAAAAACAAGGUUUUGAGGGAACCCUGAAGCAUAGAGUGAUUUCACAACAAUGGUAAGUGCCAUUAAAAGUUUGUCUAAAGAAAACAGAAAUAUAAAUACAUAAUAUUACCCUAUAUGGAGAAAGUCUGAAUUUUUAUAGCUCAUCUGCUGUUAUUCACCGUCAUUUAGCCAGUCAUUUUGUGGUUGCCUUUUGCACGAUUGCUUUUAAACAAAGAUGUUUAACAGGCGUCUGUGUUUUGUAUGAAAUUCUUUUUGGUUUCUCCUAUGGGUUGAGGUUUGUUUGGUUUAAACAAUUUAAUUGUUACCUAUUUUAAUUGAGACAUGGAUGUAAAAAGGCCCUUUUUGAAAUCAUGGAAGGAAGUUUGAUGUUCUUGGUUGCACUCUGAUGAGAAGAAAUUCAAGAUAUAAAUUAUUAAACAUUUAAGCUGCUGCAGUCUUAUAGAUCCUUUAAGUCAUGUUUUGUGCGUAGAAAACUAUUAAUUUACUUUUUUUUAAUUAUUAUUUCACUCAUGCAUGCAGAUGGGUUAAAUGAUUCUAGAAAUGCUUGUGUUGCACUGUAAAAUAUUUGAACCAUUUUUUUUUUUUUUUUGGCGAAAAUUAGUUUUGAGAUUUAAAUCAGCUUCUUGGUCUUGUUUCAUAGAAACUUAAAAUUUAUACAUGUAUUUAUGACAGCUUUUAGAUGUGAUUUGAUUGGCUGGAAAGAUUUGAGUUCCACUUAUGUUUAACACACGUCCCUUUUGAUUUAAUCUAUUUAAUGAAGGAGUUUGAUUUUAUUUUACUCAAUAGAAAACUAUAACAUUUAGGUUCUCAUCAUGUCAGUGAGAACCUUUUUUUUUGCAACAAUGAAUACAGAAACCUUCAAGUAUACAUUUUUAUCCAAUUAAAAAUCCAGCGAUAAUUUAGAAUUCAUACUUGAAUUUUUGUUGUUGAUGUUUUUUGGGUUUUUUGGGGCUGUUCAUUCAAAGCUUCUGUCAGAUGUGUCAAGACACAAAAUCAGGAAAACAGGGAUUGUUUUUAAAGUAUGCCUUGCUAUGCUCAGAGUUAGAUUUUGUUGCCUUCGUAGAACAACAUGAUUGCACAGUUAAUACUUUGUAACCAUCUCCUCACAUAACAGAACUUGUAUUUCCCCUCUGAUUUUGUUUGUCUUUUCAAAAUCUAAAACUUGUGUAAUGUGACUUUUUUUGUUUCUUUUUUUGAAGUAAGAAUGCUUUGUUUUGCCAGUGUUUUUUCAUAUGCUGGAUUUUCCUCUUUUCUUUUUCUGAUUUUGAAGCUUGUCAAAAUAUGACACGACUCCGUUCUGCUAGGCAUGUUUCAGCAAUGUGAACAAAGUUUGAUUAUUCCUGCAAAAUGCUUUUAUUUUUGUAUUUGACAUCCUAAAAAUUUCAUCUGUGAAAAAAAAAAAAAAUCGUGACAUCUGCCAAUUAUUUCACUGGGGUUAAAGCAAAAUCAUGCUACAGUUUCUUGAAAUCAGGCUCCAUCUGAUCCAUUCAGGGGCGGUCUCUGUUCCAGCUCACGCAUGGUCGACACGGUUGUCUUUAUGCACCUUCUGUAACUGCAUGUGGAAUUGCAUGGGGAUUGCACUGUAAGCAAAAUAACAUAUACACUUACGAGACCAAGUUUACUCUUUCUUUUGCUUUUUUUUCGAAGUACAUGUAUAUAAUGUUUAUUUAAACGUUAUUCUUGUACAUGACGUAACCCACAGAUGAUGAUGUGAUGAUAAAACAGAUGUAAUCUAAACAUCCAGCACAGAAAUAGUCAUUGAGGGAAUACUUGAAAAUGAAUCAGCACAGUUCAUAACAACAUGGGCGGUGCAAAUAAACAUCAAUCUUACAAGCGUCUUGCAUAAAUCGUGUUCUGUUGUCUGAAGUUUAUUCCAACAAGCUGACCUAAAACAAAUAUUAUUGAUUUGAUGAUGGAAAAACUGACUGUUUAUUGCUUUUUUUUACAUUUCUGCUUUUAAUCUUGUUUGAGAAGAGUGUAAAAGGAAAUGUAUUUAUGAAUAUAAUGAUGAAAAGAAAAUAUGUGAUGUUUGAAAUGUCAUUAUCUCUUGACAAUAGAUAGAAAACUGUGGAACAACAAAUUUAGAAUGAACAUUUAAAAUGAUACAUAAAAUAUUUCUUAAGAUUAGAUUUAUUUUUCACUUUUUAUGGAACGUUUGUGAUAUUUUAUGUCAACCAAAUCCUUGCAAUACUUGAGGUUAAAGUUUAUUGGUAACAUGU